AUGGUCAAAGUCCUCAUCUCCCUCAGCGUGUUGGCCGCUGUCGCUACGGCUGGAUCCGUCACAGAACUCCCCGAGUCUGUGACCAAGCUCAUCGACUACUCCAUCAACCCCUGCGACGACUUCUACCAGUAUGCGUGUGGCGCGUGGUACAAGGAUGCUGUGAUACCCCCGGGUGAAUCCUUAAUCGAUACGUCGUUCCAUAAGAUAGGCAUCCAAAACGACGCCGUAUUGACGAAGAUUUUCUCUGACAACAAGACCAAGCUUGGUAAGUUUGGUGAGUUUUACAACUCCUGUUUGGAUACGGCUACCCUAUCGUCGCUCGGCCUGACUCCGCUGGAGGACUCGUUCAAAGCCAUUCGGUCGGCCAGCACCAAGUUGGACCUCCUUAUCGUGGCUGCCAAAUUGGCCAAGAAUGGCAUCCCGGCCUUCGUGGACAUUAAGUCCAAAGCUGACGACAACGACUUGACCAAGAACGCCCUCUUCGGUUACCGAACACCCCUGCUGCUGCCUCACUUACCUUACUACACCUCCCAGUGGAAGUACGUCGAACCCCUGUACGAGGUGUACAUUGCGUCGGUGUUGCAGCUAGCUGGCUACACUGCUGAGGAAGUGGCCGCUGCCGUGCCGGUGAUCACGCGUUUCGAGCACACUCAGGCCAAUGUUGACCUUAUCGAGCUCGAGGAGAUAGAGGCCGUUGUGUCUCCGUAUACUGCGUUUACGUACUACCAACUGGACCAGAAGUACCCGCUGCUCGUCGGCUCGUGGCUCAAGGCCAACGGCUUUAACGUCCGCGACGAGUACGGUGGGUCGAACGACUGGGUGGGGUUUAAGGACUUGACGUACUUUGACAAGACCGAAGAGUUAUUGAAGAACACGACGCUGGACAACCUCCGCAUCAUCGUGGAGUACAAGCUCAUCCAUGACUCGUCGAACUACUUGACCCCUGAAUUCCGCACGGCCAACUGGAACUUCUUCGACAAGAACUUCCAUAGCGAAGACGUGGAACCUUCUCGUGAAAAGUUCUGCUUGUCUGAGACGCGCAAGACCUUGGGUGAGUUCGUGGGCCAGUACUACUUAGACGAGGUGUGGUCGGCUGAUACGGCCAAGACGGCCGACGAACUGGUCAAGGCCUUGAGGUCGUCCUUCUCCACUAGCAUUGCCACCGCCGACUGGUUGGACAACUCGACCCGCGCCAACGCGCAAACGAAGCUGUCCAAGCUUGUACACUUGUUGGGUGGCCCGGAGAAGCCGCAGCUGUACCCCACGCUGACGUUUGACUCGAAGUCGUAUUUGAACAACCGGUGGAAGGUGUCUCAAGUGAACGUCGACACCAACUUAAAACUGAACGGUCAACCUGUGGACAGGCACAAGUUCGACAAGCCCCCCCAUAAGGCGACCGCAUACUUCAUCGACGAAGAGAACAAAAUUAUGCUCCCGGCCGGCAUUUUGCAAAAACCAUUUUUUGACGCCCAGUUUGACGCCGCCCAGAACUUUGGUGCCAUCGGGAUGGUCAUCGGACACGAAAUUACCCACGGGUUCGACAACGAUGGCCGCAGAUACGAUGGCGAUGGCAACUUGAAACAGUGGUGGUCGAACGCCACCAGAACUGCGUUCGAGAAGAAAGCCCAGUGCAUUAGGGACCAGUACGACAACUUUGUCGUCAAGAGCGAUGUGACUAGUGCUGUGUUGGGCAACGUCAGCGGCAAGAUCUCUUUGGAUGAAAACAUUGCGGACAACGGGGGGCUCAAGACCAGUUUCCGCGCGUACCACGAAUACUUGAAGGAGUUCCCGUCCCAGUACACAGUAGAAGCAGGCGACAAGUUGUUCUACUUGUCGUACGCCCAAUCCUGGUGCACCAAGAACACGGAUGCGUCCGUCAGCCUGAGUUUGAGCAGGGAGCACCCGCUCGGUCGGUACCGCGUGACAGGAGCGUUACAAAACAACGCCGAGUUUGCCCGAGUGUUCCAGUGCCCCAUCGACUCGAACUUGAACCCGUCCAAGAAGUGCUUGUUGUGGGAAUAG